AUGCUCAGUUGUACAAUUGCUUGUGAAAAGCUACAUCAGUACGUGUACGGUCGUGAUUUUCGUCUUGUCAAUGAUCACAAACCGCUGCAGUAUCUGUUUAAGAAACCGCUUGCAUCUUGCCCGCCGAGGGUACAACGGUUGAUGUUGCGUCUUCAGAAAUACAGUUUCGAGUAUCAAUGGGCUCCUGGAAAAUCACUAAACAUUGCAGAUACUCUGUCAAGGGCCCCACAGCCAAGCAAACCUGAGGACACUGAACUUGAUCGCGAGUUGAACUACCAAGUUCACAUGAUAUGUGCAACACUACCGUUUUCAGCGAAGAAACUUGCUUCAUUCAGACAUGAGGUAAAAUCUGAUGCUGAGCUACAGCAGCUCAAAACUACGAUUGUGGCAGGAUGGCCUCGCCACAAGAAUGAUGCGCCAUUCUGUGUGCGCCAGUAUUGGCAAUUCCGUGAUGAACUCUCAGUCUGUGACAAUCUAUUAUUACGUGGAGAACGUGUCAUCAUUCCGCAGAAAUUCCGCAAAGAAAUGCUUGAGAGAAUACAUGAGGGAUAUCUUGGCCGGGACAAAUGCCUAUCCAGAGCCAAAGCCGCAAUGUUCUGGGUUGGUAUGGCGACAGAGAUAAAAAAUUGUGUUGAAAAAUGUGCGAUCUGUCUCAAAUUUCAAUCACGUCAACAGAAAGAACCGCUAAUAUCACAUGCUAGGCCGAAUUUUCCAUGGAAUAAACUGGGGACAGAUGUGUUCACUUUCCUCAGUAAGAACUAUCUUCUUGUUGUCGACUAUCAUUCGAACUAUUUUGAAACCGUGAAACUUGACGAUAUGACCGCUGAGAACCUUAUAGAUAAGCUGAAAGCUAUGUUCGCCCGACUAGGAAUUCCAGAAACUCUUGUCUCUGAUAAUGGAAGCAACUAUGCCUGUGAAAAAUUCCGCGAUUUCACUGAAAACUGGGGAAUAAACCAUGUGACUGUCAGUCCUAGGUAUCCAAAAGCCAAUGGACUAGCUGAAAAGUAUUGUGGCAUUGCUAAAAAACUCAUGAAAAAGGCGAAAGAAACCAAGAUCGAGCCGCAUAUCGCGUUCAUGAACUAUAGAGACACUCCUGUGAUUGAUGGUAAAUCACCAGCUGAACUCUUAAUGGGUCGAAAGUUACGAACGCGUUUGCCGGUAAAUGAGAAAUGUCUGAAAACCGCUCUACAGACAAAGACUGUUCAAAACGCGCGCGAGAAGAAUGCCAUGACUCAAGCCCGCCAUUACAAUAAUACCGCGACAAGACAGCCUCUGGGUGAUCUGAAGCCUGGAGACAAGGUUGUCUUUAGACACAAUGGAGAAUGGAUCAAAGGGACAAUUGUCAAUUCAUGUGGUCCAAGAUCGUACCAAAUCCAGUCUAAGGACAAGUCUUUCCGUCGAAAUCGGGCAAUGAUCAAGCCUGACAAGACUGUAGUUGUCCGAAAUCCGCCCAGAAAUGAGGAUUUGCUUACUAGAGCAUUAUUGGAUGCUCACCCGACUCAGCCUGACACGCCUCAACUGAGUACAAACGUCGGUACUGAAAUCAAUAACGCAUCGUCGGCAGUACACCUAGAUCCACUUGCAUCACCAGAAUCUGCUAGUGAAACGUCGAUCCAGAGGACACCUGCAGAACGAACGCCGAUAUCGCCUGGAAAACAGACGCCGUUGAAAGCAGCAACCAAGACACCAGUUGUUCAAGUCCAGCAUGGAUCGAACACAAGUGCGGAGCAAGUUACAACGAGAUCGGGACGUGUUGUGAAAGCGACCAGACAUUUUGACGAUUUUGUGCACGCAGUCACUAGUGUUCAGGAUUCGAUUGUGAGCAAAAUCUGA